GGAGCUGUUCAGCCAGGAGUACGUGAACAUACUGGCCACCUUCGCGCGGUCCGCCAGGAAGAUCUGCGCGGCGCAGCCGUCGUUGGUGGAGGCCCGCGCCCCCUGCAGGAUCUUCGGGGACAUCCACGGCCAGCUGCGGGACCUGCUGCUCCUCUUCUUCGCCUUCGGCGCUCCAACGAGCGCAACGCGCCGAUGGUUGUCUUCAACGGCGACUUCGUGGACCGGGGCGAGCACCAGCUGGAGGUCAUGGGCUUGCUGCUGGCCUUCAAGGUGCUGCUGCCCGAGAAGGUGUGGCUGGUGCGCGGCAACCACGAGUUCCGCUUCAUGAACGAGAAGUACGGCUUCCUGGACGAGUGCAACAAGAAGUUGGGGUCUUUUGGGCCCAAGCUGUUCGAGUUGUUUCACCGGGUCUUCGACGUGAUGCCAGUAGCCUGCAUGAUCUCCGACCGCAUCCUGUGCGUCCACGGGGGUAUCGGCGAGGGCAAGUGGAAGGUCGAUGACAUCCGAGGAGUCCGCCGGCCGCUGAAUGACGACGUCUCGGAUCCAGAGUUGCUGUGGGUCCACAAUUUGUUGUGGUCGGAUCCAAUUGAGGAUGACAACGAGAACGCCGACGUCUUCGGAGUCCACGUCUCGCCUAGAGGCGGCUCACUGUCAACCUUUGGCUGGAACGUCACGAAAACGUUCUGCGCGCGCAACGGACUGGGCCUGAUCGUCAGAAGCCAUCAGUCCAAGAGGGACAGCUUGGGGAUCGACAUCAUGCACGAGAACCUGCUGAUGCGAGUUUUCUCCGCGAGGGACUACGAGGGCCACGGCAACGACGGAGCCGUGCUCCUGGUGAAGCCAGUGGAUCCAGAGUUGCCAGAUGGUCUGUUGUCAGUGAGACCUCAGGUGUUGCGGUCAAUUGCCAAGGGAAAAAAGGCGAAGGCGACCGUGGCGGAGAAAGACAGGUUGGCCUCGUCGAAGCCGGCGGCGGAGGAGCGACAGACUACGGCGGGCAGUGCCGAUCCUACUCCCGACGAAGACGAGGACGAAGACAAGGGCCCCGCCUUUGAAAGCAGGAGGUCACUGCGGCAGUCUCACCCCACAAGCUGAGCCUAGAGAGUCCCCAGUGCGAGGCGCUGUCGCACCCCAUCCACACCCCACCCCACCGUCUCCUCCUCGACCUGGUUCGGGCACUCCCCGUUUCCUCGCUUGCAUGCUCGCCUGUGCAUGCGCGCGUGCAUGCACAGAGCGAGCCAGGUGCACCGCGGAGAUCUGCCAAGCGUGCGAGGAUCAUCCCACGAGCUGCCAGUAGCAGGCCGACUCUCAAGAGGCAUCGCGACUUUGUGUUUCUGUAACCGGGUCGCGGGAGAUUCGGAUCUUGCAUGUCCAAUGUUUGCGCCUGCAGAUUCGCAAAUAUUGUCCGUUUUGCUGGGCUGUCCGCAAAUAUUCCGAGUGUCACGCCAUUCAUCACCGUGUAGCUUUUGUAUGAUAAUGGGUUGCUCACCAAGCUUCGGAGCGCCAUCCCACUACUGAUAAGUCCUGUGUGUCACCUUGAUGCGCGUCCAAACGCCCAGCUCUGUCUUGACCACUGUCCACCUAUCUUGCCACGCUACAUGAAUCCUGUGGCAGCUUUGUUGGGUCUUGUCCGCGCGGAAGUGGAUGCGGGCCGUUUUCGAGGAGGUCGUGCCAUUGACCUGCAGUGAGUUGGGGUAAAUCUGCACUGUGAUGUCCUACGGUGGGGGCGUUCGUUGAGGAAUGUACCCUCGAUUCUUAUCCAAUGAUUCCUUGUCCAAUGUCCCCACCGUGCCCAAUGCGUGCGCACGCGCAGUGAUUUCGGCCGGCUGCGGCCAGGGUCACUCUUGCGUGUAGAAAGGCACCCGCGCGGACCUCGCGCGUGCAGACGACAUCCCUGCGCGAACACCUGCGUAUCGACGCUGGUGCCGCCUCCUCCUGGCCCGGACCAGAGGCCGUUUGAGGCGCCGCCCCUGUUGCGCUGGAAGGAUGGACGAGAAGAGAGGAUGUGAAGUUUCACACCGACCGCGCGCGGCAUCCGAGCUGCCCUCCCGGGCCGGAGCGGCCUCGAUCGACGGUGCCCGCGCGCGUGGCCAACGUGAGCCGCAGGACCUGUGCGGCGCUCUCGAGCAAG